CACCACGCUCUCCGCACGCUGUCCGCACGCGCGUAGCGACGCGCCGUCUCGGAGGCAGCUGACGGGGCCGCCGCCGCCGCCGCCGCCGCCUGCUCCCGCGUCUCUCCCCUCGCACCUCCAGCCGCCCGGUCGUCUCCUCGCCCCGCCAGCCCGAGGAGGAGGAGGAGGAGCCGCCGCCGCCAUGAACUACCUGCGCCGGCGUCUGUCGGACAGCGGCUUCGCGGGCAGCCUCCCCAACGGGUACCUGUCCGACCUGCAGCAGCAGCAGCAGGGCGCGCCGGCCGCGGCGGGGCCGCCGGGCAAGGCGGACGACGCCGCCGCCCAUCAUCAGCAGCAGCAGCAGCAGAAGCAGCAGCAGCAGCAGCCCGCCGCCGCCGCCGCGGGCUUCCUGAGCGCCCUGUCGUCGUCGCUGUCGCACGCCGUGAAGAGCACCGCCGCGGGGCUCGUCGGGGGGGAGGCGGCCGCGGCCUCCCCCGGCGAGGAGGGGAAGUCGGCGAGGACGAAGAUCCUGCUCGUCAUCGACGAUGGCACCACCGAGUGGCAGCGUCUCUUUCGAGGGAAGAAGAUUUUACAGGACCAUGACAUCGUGGUGGAACAGGCCGAGUUUGGAGACAUCGGGUUGGUGGCGCAGUCCGGGGAGCCGUGCGUCGUCACCGUGAGACAAAGCCACAACCUCCGGCAGCCGAGCAGGUCGUUUGUGCCGGAUUUUGUCCUCAUUCGGCAGCACGUGUGCGACGGUGGGCGGGGCCAGGAUUUCCGUUCGCUGCUGAUUGGCCUGCAGUUUGGGGGUGUGGCCUCGCUCAACUCCCUCUCGUCCAUCUACCACUUCUGUGACCGGCCCUGGGUGUUUGCUCAGCUGAUCGGGGUGAGGAGAAAGUUGGGGGGAGAAGCGUUUCCUCUCAUCACCCAGGCCUUCUACCCGGACCACAGGGCCAUGGUGAGCACUCAGGAGCUACCGGCGGUGGUGAAGAUGGGACACACACACGGCGGCCUCGGCAAGGUGAGAGCGGAGAGCCACGGGGGGUUACAGGAGCUGCCGGGGCUGCUGUCGCUGGUGCGUGCGUACGCCACCACCGAACCGUACCUGGAGGCCAAGUACGACGUGCUGGUCUACAAGAUCGGGGCGGCCUACCGUGCGUUCAUGAGGACAUCCAUGUCUGGCAGCUGGAAAUCCAACACGGGCUCCGCCAUGGUCCAGCAGAUCGCGAUGACGGACAGGUACCGCGUGUGGGUGGACGCGUGCGCCCAGCUGUUUGGCGGGCUGCACGUGUGCGCCGUCAAGGCGGUGCACGCCAAGGACGGCCGCGACUACAUCAUCGACGUGAUGGACGGCUCGGUGCCGCUGGUCGGGGAGACGCGGGAAGAGGACGAGCGACUCAUCGCGCAGCUCGUCACCUCCUCCUGGGAGGCCCUGCUAACCCACCAGCGCGCGCACGCACAGGGCAGCACCACAGACGGCCCGGACAACCCCAAGCCUCCGGCCCAGGGCUGCCUGCAGUACAUCCUGGACUGUAACGGAUCACAGGGCACGACUGAGACUGACAAGGCCGGGCAGCAGCAGCAGCAGCAGCGAGUACAGGCAGCCCAGCCACAACCCUCGGGCCAGACGCCACCAAAACCACAGCCACAGCCUGUUCUGCCACAACAGAAGCAACAGUAUCAGGUGGGUCAGCCACAACCCAAGCCACAACAACAACCGGGGCAGCCACAACCCAAGCCACAACAACAGCCGGGGCAGCCACAACCGAAGCCACAGCCUGGGCAGCCACAACCUAAACAACAACAGCUUGGGCAACCGCAACUCAAGCCACAACAACAGCCAGGCCAGCCACAACAGAAACCACAAACACAACUGGGGCAGCCACAACAACAACCUGGGCAACCACAACUCAAACUACAACAACCUGGGCAGCCACAACCGAAAGCACAACCGCAACCUGUCCAGCCACAACCAAAGCCACAGUCAUCACCCCCUGCACAACCACAGCCACAGGCACAAGCUCCACCGCAGCAACAACCUGGGCCGCCACAACCGAAACCACAACCCGCUCAGGCACAGCCUAAACUACAGCCCGUGGGUCACUCUGCACAGCCGCUAGCCAGACCGGUGGUCGUACAGCAGCAGAGGCCGCAAGACGGGGCCCGCCCCGAGCCCCCCCAGGCCCGGGCCCCGGGACAGGCGGCCCAGAAGUGGAAGGCGGUGGGGGGCGCGGGAGCCGCGGGGGGGCCGCCCGCGACGGCGGCGGCGUCCUCCGGUGGGGGCCGGGCCCCCCAUCCUAGGACCCAGGGGGAGGGGUCGAGCCCCCCGCCCCAAGCCGCGCAAUCGAGCGGCGCUCCCCCGCCAUCCGGGGCGGCACAGGCCCCCCACGGGCCGCAGGGCGAAGGGGGGCCGGCGGCUCGACGGGCGGCCGGCGGAGGGCAACGCCAGACGGCGCCGCCGCAGCCGACGGGGGGGACGCCGCAGCAGCGGCAGCAGCAGCAGCAGGCGCAAGCCACCGGGUCCACCUCCGGUGAGGAGGCGAGCGACCCCAACGUGAGCCAGCGCUUCGUGGGCGAUGGCGCUCCAUCCGAGAAGCAGAUGGCGCUGCACCAACAGCCGCCGCAGCCGCAGCAACAGCAGCAGCAGCAGCAACAGCAACAGCAGCAGCAGCAGCAACAGCAGCAGCAGCAGCAACAGCAACAGCAGCAGCAGCCAUAUCAGAAGCAGCAGCAGCAGGUGGUAGGGUUGGCUGGAGGGCAGCAGGGCAGCCGUACAGCACCAGCCGUGGGUCAGAGGUCACGCACGCAGUCCCACUCGGAGCAGGCAGGGUCACCCGUUCCGCAGUGGAGUGGGGUGAGACAAGGGUCGGCGCCCAGGCCAGUGCCGGGGUCGGCACCCGAAUCAGCGCCGGGAUCGGCGCCGGGAUCGGCGCCGGGAUCGGCGCCGGGGUCAGGCCCGGGGUCGCCCCAGCACCAGAGGUCGGCGGCUGGACCCGGCUCGCCACAGCAGGGGAAAGCUCGCAGCCGGUCAGUGCAGGGUGCGGCGCAGGCGGACGUGGCCGCGCCGGCACCACCAUCGCCACAGAAGCAGCGAGUGGAGAGCACGGGCUCGGACAGACGCGGCGAUCUCAUCAGGGCACCCUCCCCACAGCAGCAGCAGCCACCGGUCCCACAAGCAAAACUACAGCAGCAGCAGCAGCAGCCUCAGGCACAGGCACAGGGGCGGCCGACCUGGGUGUCACAGGAAUCGGGGAGCCGCGGCGGUGUGAUUGGGGAGCAGCGCGCAGUCGCCCCGUCGGACUACCAGCCGCAGCAGCCGCAGCAGCAGCCGCAGCAGCAGCCGCAGCAGCCGCAACAGCCACAGCAGCAGCAGCAGCACGGCCAGCCAUCACUCUACCAACAUGACAGUCAGCAGCCGUUUAACGAGCUGGACAUUCACCAUCAUCAUCAGCAGCAGCCACAGCAGCAGCAGCCAUCUGUGAGCGAGCAUCAGGCCACCCAGAGCCAGAGCCGGUCCAAGGGCCCGUCCCCCCAGGCGUCCCCGCCACCCCACCAGCCACGGGAGAGGCCCCAGCCCGGAGUGCUCGCCCAGCGGAGGUGGCCCCCCGAGCAGGCGCCAGGCAUGGGGCCUGUCCUGCAGCAGCAGCCGCAGCAGCAGCAGCCGCAGCAGCAGCAGCAGCCGCAGCAACAGCAGCAGCAGCAGCCGCAGCCAUCGGGGCCCGUGGCGAGCCAGAGAGGCCCCACCGCUGAGCCCCUGCCGAGCCCCCAGGCCCGGCGGCACGGUCCCUCCGUGCAGCCGUCUCCUCCCCCACAGCAGAGGGCCCCCGGGGAGCGGUCCCGCGGACCCCCUCCACCGCUCCAGCCCAAGCCGGCCGAGCUGGCCGCGAGGCCCGACCGGGGCCCGCCCGCUGCGGGAACGCCGGAGAGGAUCCCGCCCAGAGGCCCGCCGGGCCAGCCCCGCCCCGCGGACGGCGGCGGGGAGGCCCAGGGUAGGCCGCGUCUGCCUCCGAAGCCCAGCGAGCUGGCCGCUCAGCCACCGUCGCCUCGGCCGCAGCAGAAGGCCGGCGGCUACGCAGUGCCGCAGCAGCAGCAGCAGCAGCAGCAGCAGCAGCAGGGGUCUCCACAGCUGCAGCAGAGGCCGGUGUCGACCCAACAGCCGCAAGGACCCUCCUCCUCCCCAGUGCCCGCACAGCGGCCACGCAACCCGUCGGUGUCUCCCGACCACCAGAGGGGCCCCGCUGGGAGAGCCCCGGCUGCGGCACAGAGGGCCGCUUCCGUGGCCCAGGCGCCCGCACCGUCGGCACCCACGCAGCAGCAGCCGCAGCAGCAGCAGCAACAGCAGCUGCAGCAGCCGCAGCCGCAGCAGCAGCAGCAGCAACAGCAGCCGCAGCAGCUGCAGCAGCCGCAGCAGCCGCAGCAGCCGCAGCAGCAGCCGCAAGAAUCGGCGCCCCAACCGCUCGGCUCAUCUGGCGACCCCCAGCCGGGCCAGGAGCAGACCGAGAACUGGCCUCCCAUUCGCAACAUCCGCAAGUCCUUCGCUUCCUUCUUCCUCGACUGAAGCAUGCGACCGCACGACACGGCCACACUACCGCACGCACGCACCGCACGCACCGACACAGCCACGCACGCCGCGCCACACGUGUCUAAACCCCCAUUGCACCGGCCCCACCCAGGUUCCGUCUCACCACCUCGGUCACCCUGCCUCAUAUCCACGACCUGAUCUCAGCACCCGGCACACACGUCCAGUAUACAUUUCACUUUGGCUGUGGCUACUUGGUCACGUGCUAACUAUUCCAGUCUACCAACGACCCAUAACAUAUUUCUGCACACCAGUACACCGCAUCCAGUACACCGCAUCCAGUACACCUAUCGCUAUGGCUGUGGCUACUACUAGUCACGUGCUACCUACUCCAGUCUACCGGUAACCCAGAAAAUAUUUAGUUUGAGAUGCAUUCCUGCUCACCUCCCUCCACGACGACCCAAGCCACCUCCCUCUCAAGGGAGAAUGUUGGUGGCGUUGUCUUGCGCGUGGGAGGGAGGUGUGGACCGGUGGUGGUCACUUGAAGGGAUCUCAGAGAUAACUCUGUGAUAUCUGCUUCCGGGGGCCCGUCGUCCAAGACGAAGGCUUGUUGCCGCUCUGCGAGAGAGUCCCGAACGGAUUCGUCAUUUCCAGGAUUUCUGACCGCGAGCAUUUGCAGCGAGCAAUGACGAGCACAAGCACCCCGGGCGCGCGUCGCCGCCGACCGGCGACCGCGACCUCCCGUGACCCCACGGAUCACCCGGCCGUGACCCUACGGGUCACCCGGCCGUGACCCCACGGGACACCCGGCCGUGACCCCACGGGUCACCCGGCCGUGACCCCACGGGUCACCCGGCCGUGAUCCCACGGGUCACCCGGCCGUGACCCCACGGGACACGUGGCCGUGGCCACGAGUGAGCGCCCGCCCGUUUGCGCCCGUGGGGCUGGGCGGGCGACCCACGCUUAUCUGUUCUUUAGCCGUGCCGUGAUCCCGUCAAGUGCCGUGACCCCGUGUCGCCGUUACUCCUGCGCCGUGGGCGCGCACGCGCCUGUACGUGUGUAGAUGUGUGUGUACGUGUGUAGGUGUGUAGGUGUGUGUGUACGUGUGCAUGCGUGUUCUCCCGUGUGGGCAGUGCUGCAGGUUGGGGCGACGUCGUGGUCCAAUUUGAAAACAUAUAAAAUGGCUGCCACAACAAUGGGGUGCUUCUGCUGCCGCGGUGUGGGGCGGACAACACACCGGACCUGCAAUCCAGAGGUCACCGGUUCAGCUUGAUUUGACCUCCCGGUGCGGCGGUUGAAGCAACGGAGCAAGUUUCUUAAUUCCGCUCGCCUCUGUUCAUGCAUGCGCAUCCAUGGCAGCACCACAGUCGCCUUGCACCACGGCGCGGGUGAAAGUGUCCUUCCCGAGUAUGUCCAACGCCCUGCGGUAGUUUGAGCACUUUUCCCUUGUCACGAGGUGGGGCGGGUUUGGUGGCGGUGGCAGCACACCCACGAUGAACAUCGAUGGUGAAAGCCGGAGGGAAAGUGCUCAACCCCCCCUUCCCACCCCUAAUGUCACUUGAAGAGAUCUUGGAAGUAGCUCUGUCGUGUCCGCUUCUGCGGUACCGUGAUACACCGAGGGCCGCGCUGUUUUGCGAAAGAUCGGAACGGAUUCUUCAUCUCGUGACGACACAACGCCGGUAGCAGUGAUCGGGAUCACAUUUGGGGGGGGGGGGGAAUGCAAAUGUGGAGGGACAUCUGUGGAAAAAGUGCCGCUUAGCUCAUCGGAUUCCUCCAGGAUAAAGAUCGCGACUCUGAAUGGUGUAGGCGCCGCUAUGCUCCAGGGAAAAUCCGCUCGAUGACGCCUCCAAUCGUUGCCCACGUCUCAGAGUUUGUGGGCAGAGCCCGGCCUCGUGCCGCCGUCACGCGCAGCUCGUCCGCCGCCUGAGACGACGCCGGCCCGAGCCAGUGCAGCGCUGCCCCGCGUGUCGCGUGUCUGGACUGGCGUGUGGCGGCUCCCCCUUUGGGUUCCCCAGCGUCGGCCGGGCGGCCGAGCACAGGUGCUUGGCCAGGUGAGGUCGACUGAGUCGUGGGCCACGUGUUCACUGGCGGGCUGCAGGCUCCGUGGUGGUGGAGUUGGGGGCGUCAUGUCAAGCUGAUGGGAUACGUGGUUGAGCUCGGGGACCGCGUGCAGCUGGGAGAGGGUUUCAUGGUUGAGUUGGGAGUUCCUUUAGUGGAGCUCGCGAUCCAUGGGGGACUUAAAUAUUACGG